UGGAAAGAUGGAGACCGUUGGAGGGAGGGAGUGACUGACUGGCUGAAGGCGCGCGAGUCCCUGAGGAGGGAAGGCGGGGACGCGCACGCAGAGGAGCGAACUAGGGAGUCGCGAGUGCGCGCGGCAGCUCCCUGAGGAGAUCCCGCGGGGCGCGGGUUGUCCACGAAGGGAGGGUGCCGCCGGUUUCCUCUUCCUCCUGGGAGCCGGAGCCGGUUUUUGCAGUAGUCGUUGUGUCCUCCCGUAAAGGAAGUCUGAAAUUCAAUCAGCAGAACAGUGUGCACUAAAGGCUUUUCGUCAGUGGCAUGAAACCUUAAAAGGUGCGAUCCAAAUAAGGAGAAGAUGGGAGCAACUAGCAGCAGCAUUAACGAGCUUCCAGAAAACGAGUACUUAAAAAAAUUGUCGGGACGAGAGGCGAUCUCAGAGAAUGACCCAUUUUGGAAUCAGCUCCUUUCUUUUAGCUUCAACACACCAACAAACAGUGCCGAUUUAAAGCUUUUGGAAGAAGCUGCUGUUUCAGUCUGCAAGUCUUUAGUGGAGAAUAAUCCUCGGACAGGAAAUCUUGCAGCGCUGAUUAAAGUCUUCCUUUCCAGAACCAAAGAGUUAAAAAUCUCAGCAGAAUGUCAAAACCACCUCUUUAUCUGGCAGGCUCACAAUGCACUGUUUAUUAUUUGCUGCCUGCUCAAGGUGUUGAUCUGUCAGAUGUCAGAAGAAGAGUUGCAACUUCAUUUUACCUACGAGGAAAGAACGCCAGGCUCUUAUGGAACAGAAUGUGAAGACCUUAUAGAAGAGUUACUGUGCUGCCUCAUUCAGCUAAUUGUUGAGAUUCCUCUUUUAGACAUAACAUACAGCAUUUCUUUGGAAGCUGUGACGACACUUGUUGUUUUCCUCUCCUGCCAACUUUUCCACAAGGAAAUUCUGCGGGAAAGCAUCGCUCAUAAAUACCUCAUGCACGGUCGAUGUCUCCCAUAUACCAGCAGGCUUGUGAAAACUUUGCUAUAUAACUUCAUCAGACAAGAGAGAAGCCCUCCCCCAGGCACCCAUGUCUUUCAGCCAGAGUCAGAUGGAGGAGGCCUGCUUUAUGGAAUUGCAUCAGGAGUAGCAACUGGUCUGUGGACAGUGUUCACUUUAGGAGGCGUGGGAAGCAAGCGGGCUCCUCAGCAAGAAGAGUCUUCACCUCUAGCUAAUCAAAGUCUGCUGCUGCUGCUUGUGCUGACAAAUCUGACUGAUGCACCAGAUUCACCAAACCCUUACAGACAAGCCAUUAUGUCCUUCAGGAACACACAAGAUAGCACAACUCUUCCUACACCAAAUCCUCACACUUUCCAGAUCAAUUUUAACAGUUUGUACACCACUUUGUGUGAACACCAGAACUCUGAUCAAGCUACACUUCUUUUGUACACUCUACUGCAUCAGAACAGCAAUGUUCGAACAUAUAUGUUGGCUCGGACGGAUAUGGAAAAUCUGGUUCUGCCAAUUCUUGAGAUACUUUAUCAUGUGGAAGAAAGGAAUUCUCACCAUGUUUACAUGGCUCUGAUAAUAUUGUUAAUCCUUACUGAAGACGAUGGUUUCAAUCGAUCCAUUCAUGAAGUGAUAUUAAAAAAUAUUACUUGGUACUCGGAACGUGUGUUAACAGAAAUUUCACUGGGGAGUCUCCUGAUACUGGUAGUAAUAAGAACUAUUCAGUACAACAUGACAAGAACAAGGGACAAAUACCUUCAUACAAAUUGUUUGGCAGCUUUAGCCAAUAUGUCAGCACAGUUCCGCUCACUUCAUCAGUAUGCCGCUCAGAGGAUCAUCAGUUACACCUGCCGCCACUUGCGGAGAUAUGUCUAUCUCUUGGACAAACUCUAUUUCCCCCACUCCCACUGCUCUACGCUGCAGCAUUGCUUCUCGAGCCUCAGUGACAAUGGAGAGGAGCUGUUGUCUUUAACUUGUUCUCACAUUCUCAGAUCCUAUGCUUCCAGUUUGUUUGCAUUGUUGUCAAAAAAGCACAACAAAGUUUUAGAGCAAGCCACACAAUCCUUGAGAAGUUCCCUUGCUUCAGAUGAUUCUCCACUUCCAGAUUAUGCACAGGACCUGAAUGUUAUUGAAGAAGUCAUUCGAAUGAUGUUAGAGAUAAUCAACUCCUGCUUGACCAACUCCCUACAUCAUAAUCCUAAUUUAGUGUACGCACUGCUUUAUAAGCGAGAUCUCUUUGAGCAAUUUCGAACGCACCCCUCUUUCCAGGACAUAAUGCAGAAUAUAGAUCUGGUAAUCAGCUUCUUUAGCUCACGGAUCGAGCAAGCUGGGGCUGAACUGUCGGUGGAGCGAGUUCUGGAAAUCAUCAAGCAGGGAGCCGUUGCGCUGCCCAAAGACAGGCUCAGGAAAUUUCCAGAACUGAAGUUUAAGUACGUGGAGGAGGAGCAACCUGAGGAGUUCUUCAUCCCUUAUGUCUGGUCCCUGCUGUACAACUCUGCUGUGGCACUCUACUGGAGCCCGCAAGAUGUCCAGCUCUUCACUAUGGAUUCUGGUUGAAAGGCCGAACAAGUCCAAAGCCAGUGUGUAGGUGUGACCGCCCCCCUCUCCCAGAAUGCCUCCCUUCGACCUGAAGCCUACUAAGAAGGAAGUUUGUUACUAUUGUACAGUCCCAGUGCGGUUUUCAGGGGUCAUGCUAGAAGUCAGAAAAUUGUGGGGACUGCAACAAGAUUGGAUGCUAACUUUUAUUUAUAUAUUUGUAAAACCAGGAUAUUUUUCAUUGGCAAUGGAUGUUGGGUCAGGGGUGUUAAGUACAAAGCAAGACGUUAGCAGUGAAGAAUUAAAAAUGGGUGAAUGCAGGAAAAUAAAUUUUGAUUUAGGAAGGCCUUCAAGCUUCUUGUGGGCCUGGUUGUGCUCCACCCACCCGUUUUUUUUGUUUUUGUUUUUCUCAUUUGACCAUUGCAACAGUCUUCCCCCUUUUAGUAUUGUAUGUAACUGAAAUGUUGUCUGAAUUAAUUCAGUUUAAAAUACCUUACCACAUUAAUGAUAUUUCGUAUUGAGGAUGUUUAACCAGGAUACAUGAUUUUGCUAAGGCGCUAAAAAUUGUCAUUCUGGCUAUCAAUAUUUAUGAAAGUAUUGUAACAAAAUUAAGAGUAGUGCAUCAGAAAUCGCUUCUGCGCAAGAUCAUCCAUCUCAAUAAGGCUUAUUCAGGAGAUGCUCCCUUUGGAUCAUGCCCAUUUGCUUCCAGGGUGUGUGUUAUUGUACAGAUGCCUAUUGCACAUGUUUUCUUGUACUCUUUGAAAUAGUGAAGAAAAGCACUAUUAUGAUAGUGAUCAAAAUCCCUUCCAAACGGAAAUGCACAUAUUAUGCUUUCAGGAAACCAGAGAAAUGCAGAGAGAGAUGCAUAUAUACCUCUGAAUGUUUUAAAAUGAAUAUUCUACAAUACGCUUUUUCAUCCUUCCUGGUUUAAAGGGAAUUGGCAAAAUCUUGUAUUAAGUUGGAGGAGGGAAUGUUUAAUGUAAGAUCAUCUUUUCACAUGGAAUGUGGGAUUUUGGUGGUUUCCUUCAAAUGCACAGUACAGCAUGCAGCACUGCAGUGGAAAAGGAACUGAUAGAUUAUACUAGUUUAUUGCCUUGCCCAGCAUGGUCUAUUACAGAACAAAUAUGGCACAGUUUAUUACAUUGAGGAACGAGCCAACACUCUUCUGAACAGCUUUAUGCAGGAUAUUUUGCUUUAUUUUAUUUUUUACCUCCUGACAAAUGUUAGAACUGUGUUUUUCCUUCUGCCUUUUUAUAGGCAAGGUCAUGUAAGGUAUUCUGCACAAUUCAAACUUAAAAGGGCCUUCAUAUUUAUUUAAAACUGCAAAUGUAGAGACACGUACAUAGCAAAAGUGUUCAUAGGAUUUUGCACAGAGACAGAUUUGGGGAAAGCGGCAAUACGGAGACUGAAUUGUCAGCAUUUUCGGUGUAAAAUAUGGGAAGGUGACUGAAAAUAGAAGUAACAUUUUAUGCUGCGCUUGGGUUUGUUUGAUUUUCUUUUUUGAUAUCUUGGUCAAAAGAGGGGAAACUCUUUGUAGUGUUUUCUGCAACCCUUCUCUUUAAAUAAAGGACUGUUGGACUGCA